AUGAAUGAGCGGCACAAUGAUGGUGAUCGAUGGGUAGUUCGAUCAGCAUUCAUUAUCGAAUGUCACGUUUAUCCGAACGGAUCAUGGAGAGCUGAUGUUGUUGCAUGUCAAACACCGAAAGGUAUCGAAAUGCAUGCUGGUGAUGAAAUUAUGGAGGAUGAUGUGGUUCGUCUUCAUUAUCUUCCUCUCAGUGCUUCAUCAAUUAAUUUAUAG